AAAGUAAACGGCUAUUUUUUUAAAAGAAUUCACAAGUGUCUUAAAAUAAAUAAAUAAAAUCUCAGUGGGAUGAUUUGUGUGAGUCCACCACAUCUGCUUUUAAGAUAGCUACUUGGAAUAAUUUUGCUAGUGUUUUGUCAAAGGUCCGCACGUUCAGUGGAAGGCUUGUAGCCACAUACCACUGCUUCCGAGAAAUAUCACAAAGAACAGAAGAAGAAAAAGGAAGGCAGCACUACUUUGUCACCACAGUUGACACAAAUCUCAGUUGAGACUCUAAUCACCUCUCACCAAAAAAAAUGGCCGCAGUUUUUGCCAAUGCUCUGGAGACGAUCGCCGAGUUAUCGACGUCUCAUGCCCUCCAAUAUUUAGGACCCAUUUGGGUUGGAGUUCAUGAGCAGCUCCAAAAGCUCCACAGGUCCUUAGUGUUUAUCCAACCACUUGUUGAAGAUGCAGAGGAAAGGCAGUUGACGGACCAGGCUGUCAGGUAUUGGCUUUUGCUGCUCAAAGAUGCGGUCUAUGAUGCUGAAGACAUCCUUGACGAGGCCAAGACGCAUGAACUACUCAUCCAGCGCAAGGCAGAGCUUUCUGGUCGCCUAAAAAGCAAGGUGCGUGAAUUCUUUUCUCUUGAUCAUAACCCACUCUUGUUUAAACUUCAGUUGGGAAAGAAGCUCACAAACGUCAAUGAGAAAAUAAAUGAGCUCAUUGAGGAGAUGCACAAGUUCAACCUCAGGGCUGUUGAAAACAACAUCAAACCUUGGAGGAGCAGGCCUCAAACCUAUUCGUAUGCUCAUGAAUCGCGAGUUAUUGUUGGAAGAGAUAAAGAUAAAGAGAAGUUAGUGCAGAUGUUGACUAGAGAUUUUUUUGAUGAGAAAGUGGCUGUGGUUACUAUAGUCGGAAUGGGUGGUCUGGGUAAGACGACACUUGCUCAGUUGGUAUAUGCAGAUGAAAGGGUCAAGAAUCAAUUUGAACCAUGCAUAUGGGUUUGUGUUUCUGAUGAUUUUGAUGUGCCGAAGCUUGCUGGAAAGAUCAUACAUAGAGUUUCUGGGGAAAUUUGUGAUCAUACAGACAUGGAGGCUCUGCAACAGAAGCUACGAAAAGAAUUGGGGCAGAAGAGAUAUUUGCUGGUAUUAGAUGAUGUAUGGAAUGAAGAUUUCCAAAAGUGGGAUGCUCUUAGAAACAUGUUACUCGAUGGAGGAGAAGGAAGCAGAAUUCUUGUAACCACACGCAAUGAAAAAUGCUCUCGAUUGAUGGGUGCACAAAAUCCUUAUAUUCUAAGCGUUUUAUCAGAAGAAAGCUCUUGGGAUUUAUUUGAACAGAAAGCAUUUGCUGUAAGUGCACCGAAGCCACCAACAAUGGUGGAGAUUGGUAAGAAGAUUGUUAAGAAAUGUCAUGGAUUACCACUUGCUAUAGAAGUGUUGGCGUGUGUUAUGCGUUGUAAGGGCAGAGAAGAUGAAUGGCAGGCAGUGUUGGAAAAUGCAACAUGGAAGUUACAACAUACAAAAAAUGAAAUCUUACCAGGGCUGUGGCUCAGCUAUGUUGAUUUGCCUACUUAUUUAAAGAAGUGUUUUGCCUUUUGUGGCAUGAUCCCAAAAGAUCACGAUAUUGAGGAAUUGAAGCUGAUUCAGUUUUGGAUCGCUCAUGGGUUUAUUUCAUCUGAAAAUGGAAUUGAUAUGGAAGUUGAAGGGCAAGAGAUUUUCACUGAGUUGAUAAGGAGAUCCCUUUUGCAAUAUGAUUGUCGUCUUCAUGCAAGUGAAAAUAGAAGAGUUUGUAAGAUGCAUGAUCUCAUCCAUGAUCUGGCACACUUUGUUCUGCAGAAUGAAUGCUCUGCAUUGUUGAAAAGCAGUGCAGCUACCAAAAUACCAAUAAAAGCCACGUCAUUUGAAUUUACACGUUGGUGA